AUGUCUCAUGUCGUCGGAGCCAUUGUCACUCUCACACCUCCUGACGACGGUGACAAUGUGUGGGAGGUUCGUCAACUGGAAUCGGCCCAUUCUUUAGCCCCGGGUGACAUUGAAGGCCGCCGUAGUAUCGACUGGUCCUUUGGUCCAAUCAAUGUAAAUAUCAUCCCAUUACCUCGAUUCGGGAGCCAUUAUGAGACUCAUACAUCACAGCUCUCUGGAUAUGUUGACACCAACACCUACGAGAUUGGUGUCAGCCCCACCAUCAAUCAAGUCAAUGCUGGCAACAUCUAUGGAAAUCUCAAGGACGGCGUUAGCCUCAAGAUCAACUUAUUUACUACUAAGGGAUAG